GGGCGGGUUCGUCUGAAAAGCGACCCAAAAAGGAUGAACCAACGACUGGUUCGACGAUUCGCAUGAUUCUUUCGCACGACGGAGAACCGUAAAGUUCAGUGUGCUGCGCUGGGAGGGCGCGAGAACUAAAUCAGGAACGUGAUCAGUGUUUCCCUACUGUCCCCGUGUAUCCACGUUUCCUCCGUGCAGCAGUUACGCCUCAUCGGGAACGACAAAACCACCGCGGGACCACGUUUUGGCGAAAACGGCGCCGUCGCCACUCGGAAUGUUCUCCCGGACGGGCCAGCUCCUUAAGCGGCUGGCCGUUUUGGACUUUGACCACACGGUGUGCGAGCAUAACACGGACGUUGUGGUGCGAGACCUGCUCGGCCCCGAUGGUAUCCCGCCGGAGGUGCGCAGUAUUUUGCGCUCGUGUGGCUGGAUUCCGUACAUGCAGCGCGUCUUUCGGUUGCUCCACCAGGCCGGCUUCAAACCGAUGGACAUUGCGUCGGCGAUCCGCGGCAUCCCGGAAGUGCCGGGCAUGAAGGCGUGCAUUGCCAAUCUCGUGCGGCACGGCUUUCACGUGAUCAUCAUCAGUGACUCGAACUCGGAGUUUAUUCGCCUGUGGAACGAUUACAAUGACAUUGGACGCCACGUGCACAGUGUGUUCACCAAUCCGGCCAAGUUCGACGGCAGCGGACUGCUCGAGCUGCGGCCCUAUCACUACCAGACGGAGUGUGCGCUCAGCUCGAAGAACCUGUGCAAGGGCAAAAUCCUGGCCGACUUCAUGCGCCGCCAGCACGACGAACACCACGUGGAGUACGAGAAGAUCUUUUACGCGGGCGACGGCAAAAAUGAUGUCUGUCCCAUGCUGCGGCUCGCCAGUAACGGUUACGCGUGCGCCCGGCGCGGCUACGCAUGUCACGAUGCACUGCAGAGUGCGAUCGGCAACCUCGGCUACGAGUACCCUGCCAAAGUGCUGCAAUGGAGCGAUGGCCACGAACUAAAUAACCUCAUAUGGACUGAACUUCAGGACUGAUUUUUAGGUGUAAAACUGUUUUGUUUUUCGAUCUUUGUAUGCGAUGCACGUGCCUAUUGCAUUUGCAGUGCACCAACGAGGCGACGACCGGUGCGCUUUGUGCCGCUUUUUCUGGAUGUAAUAAAUUUAAGUCUGUUUUUAAUAAAGUCGA